AUGGCGGCUAUCAGCUCCAUCGCAGCUGCUGCCAUGGCUGCCUCGAGCGCGCCGAUGGCUGCACUCACGCGGACUGUAAUGAGCUCGCCGCUCGCGUCGUCGAUGCUUCCUAUCGCCAAUUCGCUGCCUUCAGCUGGCCUCUCCGCCGCUCACGCACCUCAGCAGCUGCAGUGCCAGGACCGCGCGAGCAAUGUCGGUCGGAGGAGCGUCGCGACACCCGCCAAGUCCACCGCGGCGGAGGCGCCGCUGGACGUGCGCGCGUUCAAGGCGGAGCACGGGGAGGCGGAGCUGGAGACGGACCCGGCGCGGCUGUGGGAGCGGUACGUGGCGUGGCUCUACAAGGACGAAGCGCUGGGACUGGAGCUCGACAUCAGCCGCAUGGGCGUCACGGACGCGUUUGUCCAAGCCAUGGAGCCCAAGGUUAGUUGCGGGAGCGCCUAUGGGUGCUGUACGUGGCUAAUAGGGAGGGAGCUGUACGUGGCGUGGCUGUACAAGCACAAGCACCUGGGGCUCGAGCUCGACGUCAGCCGCAUGGGUGUCACGGACGCUUUCGCAGAAGUCAUGGAGCCCAAGUUCGCGGCGGCCUUCAAGGCGAUGGUCGAGCUGGAGAGGGGCGCCAUGUCGAACCCAGACGAGCGGCGCAUGGUGGGGCACUUCUGGCUGCGCCACCACCUUCCAAUCCCUUCCCUCCCCUUCUUCCUCCUCCCCCUAUUCUUCCCCCUUCCCUCCCUCUUCCGCUAUCUCCCUCUCCCUCCCCUCUCCCCUCCUCGCCUCCUCCCCUCCUCCCCUCCUCCCCUCCUCCCCUCCUCCCCUCCUCCCCUCCUCCCCCUCUCCCCUCCCCCUCACUCGCCAGUUCGCAGCAGCCUUCAAGGUGAUGGACGAGUUGGAAAGGGGCGUGAUAUCGAACCCGGACGAGCGGCGCAUGGUGGGGCACUACUGGCCACUGUGUUCGCGGCGGCGUUCAAGGCGAUGGACGAGUUGGAGAAGGGCGCGAUCUCAAACCCGGACGAGCGGCGCAUGGUGGGGCACUACUGGCUGCGCAAGCCGCAGAUCGCCGCCAGCCCCACACUCAGGAAGGAGAUUGAGGAGACCAUUGACGCCGUUGACGCUUUCGCCACUGCCGUUGUCAAUGGCACGGUGCGUUGGAGUGGGGUGGGGAAGAGAGGCGGCAGACGGAGGUGGGACGGUCUGGAAGGGUUGGGAGGGGUUGGGAACUCCCGUUUCGCCUUCUCGCCCCGUGCUCCAUGCACUUCCUCCCUUCUCCUCUCCUCUCACCUUCCUGUUUGUGAUCUCCUUUCUGCCAUCUCCCCCCUUUCCCCCUCUCUCACCCCGAUCAAAUCCCCCAUUACACACAAUCAACAGAUAAAGCCUCCCCCAUGCCCAGCUGGCCGGUUCACUCAGGUGCUAUCUGUGGGCAUUGGAGGCUCGGCGCUCGGCCCUCAAUUCGUCUCCGAGGCUCUCGCAGGCACCAAUCCUCCGCUCCAGGUGCGGUUUGUGGACAACACAGAUCCGGCGGGCAUCGACCGGCAGCUGGACCAGAUCGGAGCAGAGCUCUCCUCCACGCUCGUGCUCGUCAUCUCCAAGAGCGGUGGCACACCCGAGACACGCAACGGGUUGCUGGAGGUGCAGAGGGUCUUUCGUGAGAAGGGGCUGGACUUUGCCCGUCAGGGGGUGGCGAUCACACAGAGGGGGUCACUGCUGGACGACACCGCUCGCAUGGAGGGGUGGCUCGCGCGCUUCCCCAUGUUUGACUGGAUCGGCGGGAGGACUUCGGAGGUGUCUGCUGUGGGCCUGCUGCCUGCCGCCCUGCAGGGCAUCAACAUCCGUGAGAUGCUGCGAGGAGCGGGCGCCAUGGAUGAGGCAACGCGCGUUCACAAGAUCCGCAGCAACCCAGCGGCUCUCCUGGCGCUCUGCUGGUACUGGGGGUGUGAUGGCAUCGGCUCCAAGGACAUGGUGGUGCUACCGUACAAGGACAGCCUGCUGCUCUUCAGCCGCUACCUGCAGCAGCUGAUCAUGGAGUCGGUGGGCAAAGAGUUCGACCUUGAUGGCAAGCGGGUGAACCAGGGGCUGACGGUGUAUGGCAACAAGGGCAGCACAGACCAGCACGCCUACAUCCAGCAGCUGAGGGAGGGUGUGCCCAACUUCUUUGCCACGUUCAUCGAGGUGCUCACGGACCGGCAGAGCGGGCGCGACUGGGAGCUGGAGCCAGGAGUCACAUGUGGUGACUACCUCUUCGGGCUGCUGCAGCAUCGUUGGGAGCUGGAGCCGGGGGUCACGUGCGGGGACUACCUCUUUGGGCUGCUGCAGGUGGGGCGAGGGGUUGGGGAUGGGGAAAGGGUGCAUGUGGGGAGUGCGGAAAGGAGGGGUACUGUGAGAUGCGGGGACUACCUCUUUAAACUGCUGCAGGGCACACGCUCUGCUUUGUAUGCCAACAAGCGCGAGUCCAUCACGCUGACCAUCAAGGACGUGGAUGCAGCAACGGUGGGCGCCAUCAUUGCUCUCUACGAGCGCGCCACAGGGCUGUACGCCUCACUCAUCAACGUCAACGCGUACCACCAACCAGGGCUGUAUGCCUCGCUCAUCAACAUCAACGCGUACCACCAACCAGUGCGUGCUUGA